UUGUGACUAUAACUCGAAUUAUUUACCAGCGUUGUUGAAUCCAGUAGAGGCCAUUUGCUUGCAUAUCUGUGGCAACAAUAGCCAUAAUGUCACAUAGCAAAAGAAACACGACCCGCCCCGUCUUCACUUCGUACGAAAGAGAGCAGGCUAAAUCAAAUUGGAGCUCAAAAUCCGCACAGCUCAGCCGAGACUCAUUCCUGCCCUUUGGAUUCUGCAGUCUCUGCCUGGAAAACGCCCGAGAGCCGGUCGCGUGCCCACGAGGGGACAUUUUCUGCCGCGAAUGCGCCCUGGAGAACCUCCUGGCACAGAAGAAGGAGCUCAAGCGGGCAGAAAAGGCGCGCCAGAAUGCAGAGAAGGAGGCUGCCAGGAUCCGAGCCAUUGGCGACGACGAGGAGCGCGAGCGGGCCAUUCGCGAUUUUGAACUGACCCAGGCUGGGUUGACGAAUAACAGCUCGGGCAAGGGCAAGCCAAGUUCGAGUGCUGCGGCGGAGAGUAAAAAGGAGGACGAAGCUACUGUUCGCGCUGGGUCAAAGAGAAAGUUUGCCCUUGAUGCGGACGAGCUUGAUCGGAUAGCGGAAAACGAUAAGGCAAAGGCUAGGAAAGCAAUUGAUGAUGAAAAGGCUGCUAAACCAACACUUCCUUCAUUCUGGACACCUUCACUCACCCCGGAUGUGCAAAACAGCGGCUUGGCCCCCGUCGCAAAGAAAGCCAAAACGACGCCCACCUGUCCUGCUUCUGCGGAACACGACGCCCACCCCUUUUCUCUCCAGAAACUGCUGAAAAUCGAGUUUAAUGAAACCACAGACUCUGCCACCAAGGAAUCGCGCAGAACCUGUCCGUCAUGCCUCAAGACCCUUUCCAACGCUUCCAGCCCGAUCAUGGCGGACAAGUGCGGCCACGUCCUGUGCUUCAGCUGCGUCAAGCAGUUUCUUCUUCCUUCGGAGAAAACACAAGCCCAAGAGGCAGAAACAAAUAUUGCGUGCUUUGUUUGUAGCACCCCCGUUGCCGUCGUCACCAAGCCCACUAAGAUUUCGAGCGCAAAGGACUCUUUGCCGACGGGGCUCAUCAAGCUGAAGUCAGAAGGAACCGGUUUCGCUUCUCGUGGUUCGCGCACCGUGGAAAAAUCAAGCGUUGCUUUUCAAUGUUGAGCGGAGUUUGAUUCACACUCUGAGCUACCAUGCCCCUUGGCCCAGAUUAUCGCUGUAGGGAAGACAUGGUGCCGAAAUGCACCGUAUCGAUCCUCAAGCUUCUUCAUGGAGCCAUGCAUUGCUCGAGUAACAGGGCUCGUAUAUGCACCUGGAAUCACACAACGGUGUAUCAGG